GGCCCGUCUUGCUGGGAAGAUGUCUUGAUCCCAAACCGGAUGAGUGGUGAAUGCCAGUUCUCAAACUGCCCUGGGACGACAGCAGAAUUUUUCUUUAAAUGUGGAGCACACCCGACCUCUGACAAGGAAACAUCAGUAGCUUUGAACCUGAUCACCACAAACAGUCGCGGUAUCACCUGCAUAACGUGUACGGACAUCAGGAGCCCGGUCCUGGUUUUCCAGUGCAACAACCGCCACGUGAUUUGCUUAGACUGCUUCCACCUGUACUGCGUGACGAGACUCAAUGACCGGCAGUUUAUCCACGACCCUGAGCUCGGCUACUCCCUGCCCUGUGUGGGUGAUACUUUGUAUUGA